AACCCGUGACAUUGUAUUCACUGAGCCACCAUUAUCAAGUCAUUCAUGAAAGUGAACCGUGUAUUAUUUGGGCGCUGUAGGUUUAUAACCCUUUUAAAGCUAUUCGCUGUUCAACAAAAACAUCUAUACUCGACCAUGUCUACCACCAGCGACAAGAAGCAAUCAUGGCUGUCGUCGGUAGAUUCUAAAGGUGCUUUUCAGAGAAAAGAGUCCAGUUUUCGCCAUCAAAUAACAGCUGAUGGUUCGUCCGGCUUUGAAGCGGAAGCAGGAAGAUAUCAUUUGUAUGUGUCAUUAGCCUGCCCCUGGGCUUGUAGAACUCUUAUGGUUCGGGCCUUGAAAGGCCUAGAAGACGCCAUCCCGUUAACAGUCGUUGAUUGGUUUCUCGGAGAAAAGGGAUGGUCGUUUACCGAUCAGAAACCCAAAUGUACCCUGGAUACUGUUAAUGGUUGUAAUUAUCUAAGAGAAGUUUAUAAUCUUGCUGAUCCAGAUUAUUCAGGUAAUAUCACUGUACCAUGUUUAUGGGAUAAACAGAAGAAGACUGUUGUUAAUAACGAGUCGAGUGAAAUAAUUAGAAUGUUUAACACAGAAUUUAAUACUUUCUGUAAAACAGACGACCAGAAAAAACUCAACUUCUAUCCCAGUAAUCUAAGAGCAGAGAUUGAUGAACUCAACUCAUGGAUUUAUCCUCAGAUAAAUAAUGGAGUGUACAGAAGUGGGUUUGCAAAAUCUCAGGAAGCUUAUGACGUCGCUGUAACAGAUGUGUUUAGUGGACUCGAAAAGGUUGAAGACAUAUUAUCAAAGAGAAGAUAUUUGACAGGUCCUUGUUUAACAGAAGCUGAUGUCAGACUCUUUACUACAUUAAUUAGAUUUGAUUCAGUCUAUCAUACACAUUUUAAGUGUAAUAAGAAGAGGAUGGUUGAUUAUAAAAAUCUAUUUGGUUAUAUUUGUGAUAUUUAUCAGAUACCUGGUAUAGCUCAAACUGUCGACAUGGAUCAUAUCGUCAAUCAUUAUUAUCAAAGUCACGGGGCUAUUAAUCCAUACCGUAUUGUACCUAUUGGUCCUGAUAAUGGUUAUAAUUCACCACACAACAGGGACAAGAUGUAACCCACAAAAUAUAUUUUAUCAUUAAUCUUAUAUAUACACAACUCAAAUUAUAGUUAUCAUGCUUAACCGAAUAAUAAUGGAGGUUGUUAACGCACUCGGUGUUGGUACCGUAGCGGUGUUAACGUCGUUUUACUCAGAUGGCAGGUAAACUUUGGCGAAAAUAUCUCCAAACUAUCGGGCGCCAUUGAAUAAAUUGUAUUUUGAUUUUGAUAUCAAGGUCAAUCUAAUUAAAAUAUAGAUCUAUAUUUCGUUUCGGUUUUUAUACUUUCGAUGGCCUACACUACAUGUAGAUCUAACAAGUUAUAGUGGGGGUUCACGUUCUAUGACGUCAGGUACCAAGCAAGCGACAUUUGACCCGAUUACGUCAGUCAUUCGAUUAACCAAUUAGCGACCACCAUGUAUUUUUUAUCUACUUUUGCUUUGUUUUGAUUUCUAUUGCCGCUAAUGUCUACCCACAGUUCCGCGCAAAAAAAGGUCAAACGCUCGAUUCGACAGACCAUUUGAUUGGCUGACCCCUCAUUUCAAGCAGAACACGAGUUAAAUAAACAACGCUUCCAGAUCCAAGUUUAGUAAAGACAAGUAAAAUCGAAAUUUUGAACUAUAAAAAACGAAACGAAAUUGGAUCUGUGUUUUAAUCAGAUUGAUAUCAAGGUCUGUGAAUGGGUAUUUACUGUCAAUACAUUAACUGUAAUUGUCUGUUAUCAAAUAAAGGAUGUUUAAAUACGA